AUGUUGAAGGGAAGAAGAAGCAUGACAUUCACAUGCUUAUACCAUUUUACCCAUUCAACAUCACUCAUUCAUCAUAACUAUAAUUCCCUUAUUAUCCCCACCUUCUCUACUCUCUACAACCAUAAACCUCUCUUUCACUUCUUUCAGGGUAUUCUCAGGCCUACAACAAUUCGAUCAUUUUCUACCACAAUCACUUCUUCGUUUAAAACCAUGGCGAGUUUCGAUUCUGAUUCCAUAACUUAUCUUAAACAACAAGAAGCCGCUGAAAUUGAUGAAACUCUCAUGGGUCCUCUUGGCUUCAGCGUCGAUCAGCUCAUGGAAUUGGCUGGUUUGAGCGUCGCUACCUCCAUAUAUGAGGUUUAUAGACCGGGUGAGUAUAGCCGUGUUCUUGUUCUAUGUGGUCCUGGUAACAAUGGUGGUGAUGGUCUGGUGGCUGCCCGUCACCUACAUCACUUUGGUUAUAAGCCCUUCGUCUUGUAUCCGAAGCAUACCCCCAAGCCUCUUUAUGCUGGGUUAGUUACUCAGCUUGAAGCGCUGUCAAUCCCUUUCUUGUCGAUAGAAGAUCUGCCCUCUGAUUUCUCCAAGGACUUUGAUAUUCUACUAGAUGCCAUGUUUGGAUUCUCAUUUCAUGGUUCUCCAAGGCCUCCCUUUGAUGAUUUGAUCAAAAGACUUGUUUCUUUAAGUAAUCAUAAUCAAACAGGCCAAAAAAGACCAGUUAUAGUCUCUGUAGAUAUUCCCUCUGGGUGGCAUGUUGAAGAGGGAGACGUUAAUGACAUAGGAAUUAAACCUGAUAUGUUGAUCUCUUUGACAGCACCAAAAUUAUGUGCAAAGAAGUUUGGCGGCCCUCACCACUUUUUAGGAGGUAGAUUUGUCCCACCUGCUAUUGCUGAAAAGUAUAAGCUUAUACUUCCACCAUAUCCUGGAACAUCCACGUGUGUCCGAAUCGGAAAGCCUCCUCAAAUUGAUAUUUCAGCUCUACGAGAGAACUAUAUCUCUCCAGAAUUUCUUGAAGACCAGGUGGAGGCAAAUCCCUUUAAUCAGUUUCGUAAAUGGUUUGAUGAUGCACUGGCUGCGAGUUUGAAGGAACCAAAUGCUAUGGCCUUGUCAACUGUAGGGAAGGAUGGGAAACCCUCAUCACGGAUCGUAUUGCUAAAAGGCUUCGACAAGGAUGGAUUUGUGUGGUUCACGAAUUACGAAAGUCAAAAGGGACGUGCAUUGUCUGAAAAUCCACAUGCAUCACUUCUUUUUUAUUGGGAUGGUUUAAACCGGCAGGUACGUGUGGAGGGGUAUGUUGAGAAAAUUUCUGAUGAGGAAUCAGAGCAAUAUUUCCAUAGCCGUCCUAGAGGAAGUCAGAUUGGAGCAAUAGUCAGCAAGCAGAGUUCUGUAGUGCCGGGUAGGCAUGUUCUUCAUGAACAAUACAAAGAAUUGGAACAAAAAUAUGCUGAUGGAAGUGUGAUCCCUAAACCUAAAAACUGGGGAGGAUACAGGUUAACGCCACAUCUUUUUGAAUUCUGGCAAGGACAGAAAUCUCGCUUGCAUGACAGGUUGCGAUAUGUUCCCCAUGAUAUCGAUGGACAAAAGCUGUGGAAGAUUGAGCGGUUGGCUCCCUGA